CGCUAUUUCACCCACGCAUACUCCCGCUCUCUACAGCACCUUCCUCCGAGCCGUCGUCAACUCUCGUGCUACCAGCGCUCCAUCUAGUCCUCCCACUGCCAACAUCCCAAACCCCAGCACUCAGCCGCAAUACCUUCAACAACAGCAAGCACAAGUCAAGGGUGCAACCUCAAGUAGCCAGCAAGCGACAGGCGGUGUCGUGGAGCCUCAAGUCGACCGGACGAGUGGUCCUGCUGCGGGGAUCUUUGGUGAUGAGCAGCAGUUUGGAGAUGGCGCGCUUGGCCUCAAAAUGUUCCCCCCUGCCACUGGCAGUUCUACGAUGGUGAACGUCGUGCCAAAUGGCACGGUUGCUGGUCUCCCGGACCUCCCUUGGACACCAUCUGGCCCUGGAACGACAUCUGGUCUUCCCGGCCCGAGCACGGAGACGGAUAUCCAGAGCUCCAUGAAUUUCCAGAUUCCUCAGAGCAGCAUAGAUGACUUCGGAAAUAUGUCAAUGGACACCAUUCUUGCUGGAGGGUUCUGGGACAACGUUCUUGUUCCUGGCUAUUCCAGUGGCUUAGAGGGUUUAAGUGGUGGGUUCGUGUUUGGGGCUGGCGGGAGUGGGUUCAUUACGCCGAGACGUCAAUCGCCUGAGCCAGAGACGCUGAUCCUUGGUGGUGUGGCUUCCUCGUCUGGGUUUCCGCAGGCAUUCCAGCCGCAGCAGAAUGGUACGAUCAACCUAUCACCCAAAAACCCUUCGUGAACGGAAACUUUGACUUGAAAUUAUUCCCAUCCAUCAUCUAUAUGUAUGUUUAGGAUGAUCUAUGUGACCCGACCCAACAAAUUACCCUCUUGUUCCUGUUAUAUCCGGUGUUUCUGGUUGUGAUAUCCCUACUUUGUUUCUAACGUCUGCACCAUCUUGUAACAACAUCGUUGUAUGCAGUUCCAGAUUUAUACGGAAUUAUGAUAAGCGACCUACUUUCCAACCUGA